AUGGGUCAAGAAUCUUCAACGUUGAUCUUCUUUCAACGGGCUCUAGCAAUUGCUCUUACGGUCACUGCGUGCCGUCAACUCGGAACAUUAUACACACCCUUGUCUCUCUUCCUGCCCUCCAAUCUUCUAACGGAUGCGGUCGAUUCACUGAUUGCUACUGUGGUCGCAACGGCUACGCUCUUCUUUACAUGGCACAUCGCGGGGCCGUUGACAACAGACUCUUCUACUUUUUCCACCACAAGUCUGAAUUUCUCGCGUUCUAUUCUCGCCAGUAUUGUUCUUGUAUUCACAUUAUGCGGAGACUCCCUUUUCAAAAGAGCCAGUGUGGCCUUAGCUGUCGGGGCAUGCUGGACUAUCGGGUGGAAGAUCACAUUGGCUGAGCAGCGGAACUCCUAUUGGCAGUUUUUGAAACAGGCGCUGAUUUUGAAGUUGUUGGAUCUAUGGCAGAAAGGCAAUUUUUGA